AUCAUGCUCAUGAAUGCCGGCCUGUUACGCUUGCAGAUGUCGACAAAGUUAAGUCGAAAAAAUCAUCGAAGUUUGUCCUUCAGCAUGCGAAGCUUUGAAGAGCCUGUGAUCUUCUUAUUGUAUCUUCAUGUGCGGACGAUCCGUUAUCUAACAUGAUCCAAUGGAUUCUCGAUGAAGUAGAUGAUAUUUUGGUCGAUGUCUAUAUAUAAAGCAAACACUAUAACUCCCUAUAACUCCUUAUCAGGGAUCUGUAGUACUUACAUAAGAAGCAUUUCUGGACCGUAUUCUGUCCUAAGUUCCUAUUACACAGUGUAUCACUCUAAACUCUCUUCAAAUGCAAGCGGUACCAGCCAGCGCACUCAGCGCCCUUGCUGACCCUCCUGCUCGAAUGGUCGAUGGUGCAGCCAUGGAUUACUUGUUGAUCGAAGCUGUGAAUGCCCUUCGUGACUCAUCAGCAGUCGCUUCUGCUCGAGCAAAAAAAAUCGAGCGCGACAUGGUCGACGCUGGGCUGGUUCCACCACCACUAACGACAAAACAACAGAAUCCGAGAGACAGUGGUAGUAGCACAUCAGGUAAGAUAUCAGGGCCUGGGGAGGAGGAUGAGGGGGUGAGGUCCAGGCUGGAAACUAUCGGUAUGCACAUUGGGGGUAACUUUGUGGAGAGGCUUUGCCGUGACCGCCCACUGUUCAGCGACUCUCUAGACGUUAUUAAGUUUGUCUGCAAAGAUCUUUGGGUCUCUUGCUGGGAAAAACAAGUUGACAACUUGCGUACGAAUCACAGAGGUGUCUAUGUUCUUCAAGAUAACGCCUUUAAGCCAAUUGCUCGAAUUUCCUCAUGGGAGGGUCGACAAGAAGCCCUCAAACGAGCCAAGCUGUAUGUCGCACUUCCUGCUGGGAUUAUUCGAGGUGCAUUGUCUCGAAUCGGGUUUCAAGGGACGGUGGUUCCUGAAAUUACCACUCUACCUCAGUGCACCUUCCAGAUUAAGCUACCAAAAAACACAUAAAACUAUAGCACUAUCUCAGCCUCAAGUUACACGUCAAUUCACGGUAGCUCAAGUUGUGGAGUGGCUACUGAACGUUGAACUCGAAUCCCAUUGCUGAAA